AUGAGACACGUGUGGACCUUAGUGGUGCUGAUGACAGCAUCGACUCUUGCGGAGUAUCGAACAUUGUAUGGCGGGAAUUUAAUGGUUAGCAACGGCGGUUAUAUAAAUAACAGGAAUACCGGUAUCAUAUCCGGAAGCCAAAGGGACAGACCUUUCGAAAAUGUUGGAAAUCAGGCCGGAUAUGGAUUCUUUAAUGGAGAUAUCAGCGGAGCUUCAUUCGGACAGCGAACAGAAGGAUCGUUAGGAUCUAGCAAUGGUGGAGAACCCUUUUUCACAUCUGGACGUCAAAGAGGAGGACCUCUUGCGAUUUCUGGCAGUAUGCCUGGAGAUGGUUUGGUAAAUCGAGAAAGCAGCGGAGGAUCCUUUGGACAAGGAAACACGGGACUAAUAAGAGGUAGUAAAAGUGGGGGACCAUUUAAAGUCAACGUCGAUCAGGAAAGUAUUAUGUAUGGAGGACAGAGCGAAGGACCUAUUCGCAGUCAGUCUAGUGAUGAAAUAGUGAAUAGCGGUAGCAGUGGCGGACUCUUUGGACAAAGGAGAACUGGAUUAGUAAGGGGUAGUAAUAGUGAAGGACCCUUUCAAGUAAAUGCCGGCCAAGGUAUUAUAGCUGGGAACCAAAUCGGAGGAUCUUUUGGAAACCAGGGUACGCAUGUAAACGCUGGCAGCGGUGGUGGAUCUUCCGGACAAGGAAACAUUGGAUUAAUAAGGGGAAGCAACACUGGAGGACCAUUUAGAGUUAACGCCGAUCAGGAAAGUAUUAUAUCUGGAAGACAGAACGAAGGUCUUUUUGGAAAUCAGGCUAGAGAUGUAUUUGUGAAUGUUGGCAGCAGUGGAGGGCCCUUUGGACAAGAGAAAACUGGAUUAAUAAGGGGUAGUAAUAGUGGUGGACCCUUUCAAGUAAAUGUCGGCCAGGAAGGUAAUAUAGCUGGGGCACUUGGAGGAUCUUCUGGAAACCAUGUUGCACAUGUAAACGCCGGCACCGGCGGAGGAUUAAUAGGGGGAAGCAACACUGGAGGACCAUUUAGAGUUAACGCCGAUCAGGAAAGUAUUUUAUCUGGAAGACAGAAUGAAGGACUUUUUGGAAAUCAAGCUAUGGAUAAAUUAGUUAGCGGAGGCAGCAGUGGAGGACCCUUUGAACAAGGACAAAAAGGAUUAAUAAGAGGUAUGAACAGUGGUGAACCCUUUCAACUAAAUGUCGGCCAGGAAGGUAUCACGUCUGGAAGCCACAGCGGGGGAACUUUCGGAAAUGCUGGAAACAUGCCUGUCGAUGGGUUGGUAAAUGGACACAAUACUGGAGGACCGUAUGGACGGGCAAGCGAUAGAUUAAUACGAAGUAGCAGUGGUGAAGGACCUUUCAGAUCUAACGGGCGCAUCAUAUCUGAAAGCCAAAACGGCGGACCUUUCGGAAAUCAAGCCGUAAAUGGUUUGGUUAAAGGUGGUGUCAAUGGAGGACCAUUUGGUAAAAUAGAAGGCGGUUUAAUUCAAAGUAGCAGCAGUGGAGGCCCUUUUAAAGCAACUGGCGAGCAGGAUGGUAUCACAUCUGGAGGCCAGAGUGGAAAUAUUUUUAGAAAUAGUUCUGCUAAUGGAUUGAUUAACGGUAGCGGCAGUGGAGGACCUUUUAUGUGAGAAAUAUGUGCAUUAAGCAGAGGCAUAAUAAAGAUCAAAUAGCUUUUAAGUUGUACAUUUUCUUU